GUGGAGCUGAAAAACAAGCGUGUCACUCGUCGCAAAAACGCCGAAAGACGUAUGGAAACUUUGGCAGCAGUUUUGAAUGCUGUCAGCCAAGACAAUGACGAUGCAGCCGUUCUCGCCAAGGUCUACGAUGACAUCAACGAAGAAGUUAAAUCCAAGACCGAGCUCGCAAAAAAGUACAAAAAUCGGGUAAAAGUUCUCGAGCAAGAAAUCUCGGACCUUACUUCCGAGUUUGAAUCAGAUCGAACGGAUUAUUUGGAAACAAUUCGAAAGCAAGAUCAGCAGAUCAAGCUUCUGCAGCAAAUACUUGAUCGAGCUCAGCCUGCUAUUAAAAAGGAGUCAAAUUAC